AUGACUGAAAACCCAAUGGGGGGCCAAGGCAAAGGUGUCAAGCCAUCAUCCAUAAAUCUUAACCCUGCCAACAAUGGUUAAAUAAAGUCCAGUUAUUGUACAUCAAGUAAUUUAGUAACCAUUGCUUGCAAUUCUACCAGACUGGGUCAAGGCAAAGGGUCAUGGUAAGAUGGUGGAGACAUAUGCAUUCCUGAACUCUGAGUUAAAACAUGUCGUUUUGCAACAAAAACCUUUUGGAGAAGCUGAACUGAAAAGGAACUAA